AUGGGAAGACUUAGUGGGAAAUCCAUUCAAGAUGCCUUAGAUGUAAUUAAAGAGGAUGGUGCAUCGUGGGAUGAUUAUGGUGAACCUGAAGAAGAUUUUAAGGCCCAGGUGGUCGACUUCUUCGACGAUAUAAUCGCAAAACAUUUACCAAAAAAUGAUCCCGGUUUAUCUCCUCCAAACAAACGUAGUUGUCAUGUUCUCUUAGUCACACACGGUGGUGUUAUAAACAAACUUGUUAAGGAGCAUCUUAUUAUGGAUUUAGGUUUCUUUGUUAAUGAUUAUUUAAGUAUGAAACAUAAGGCUAAAAAUACUAGUGUCACAAAAUUCGUUGUUAGAAGAGCUGAAAGCUCAACUUCAACUACCGAUGAUGAUGAUGCCACUAGUGUUGUUAGUAAUAAUACUGCUGAAAAUGAAAGUAAUGAUGGUGAUUCCGAAAAAAUUCCUCGCAGAGAUAUCGAACGAAAAAUAAAACUAAAAGGUGAAGUUACUCUUUGGAGUUGUGUGUCACAUUUGGCUGCGCAAGGAAAACGAACUCACGGUGAUUCUCAGAUUGAUGAUUAUGUGCAUUAG